AUGAAUGGCUGGUACUAUCCCAUUGUCUUCACAAACACCUUUUGGCAACUCAAGAAGCACAUGAUUGAGAUCAACGACACCGUCACCACUCUGCCGCUCCACGUCAAGCUCAACAAUCUGGCUCACUGGAAGUUCAACAUCUUUGCCGCCGUGGACGAAAACCUGAAUGCCAAUGCGCAAGCAGCCGCAGCUGGCCAGUCUACUACUGGAGGCGGCGACGGAUCUGAGAUUGAGAUGUUCAAGGAGAUUCUCAUCGACAGUAACUCGUAUCUCCUUGCCCUCACUGCGGUCGUCUCCAUCUUCCACAUGAUCUUCGAGAUGCUGGCCUUCAAGAACGACGUUCAGCAUUGGCGCAAGAAGAAGGACAACGUGGGUACAUCUGUCCGAACCAUCAUUGCCAAUGUCUUCAUGCAAGCCGUCAUCUUGCUCUACUUGAUUGACAAUAACGAAAACACCUCGUACAUGAUCCUUUUUGGCCAGGGCAUGGGCAUGGCUAUCGAAGCUUGGAAAAUCACCAAGUCUGUCAAUGUCCGCGUGCGCCCUACUCCUCCUGGUUCCUGGCUUCCUUACAGCGUCGUCUUUGAGGAUAAACACGUGCUCUCUGAGACGGAGAAGAAGACGGAGGAAUAUGACGCUGUCGCCUUCCGCUACCUCUACAUGGUCGCCGUACCCCUGCUCGUGGCGUAUGCCAUCUACUCCCUCAUGUAUGAGACACACAAGUCUUGGUACUCAUUCAUCAUCACCACUCUUGUCGGAUCCGUCUAUGCCUAUGGCUUCCUGAUGAUGGUGCCCGCCCUCUACAUCAACUACCGUCUCCAAUCUGUGGCACACAUGCCCGGGCGGGCCAUGACCUACAAGUUCCUCAACACCUUCAUUGACGACUUGUUUGCCUUCACCAUCAAGAUGCCCACGCUGCAUCGCCUGGCUACACUCCGCGACGACGUCAUAUUCUUCGUCUACCUGUUCCAGACAUGGAAAUACAAGGUUGACUACAACCGUGUCAAUGAAUUUGGACAGGGUGGAGAUGAUGAGGAAGUCGAGGAAAAGGAUGCGAACAAGCCACUUGCUGCGCAUGCCGAUGGAGACAAGGAAUUGAAAGUACCAGCUCAGGGCAAGUUGGAGAAGGCCAAGGAGGAGAAGGCUGCUGCACAGGCAACGGGAAGUGAGAAGAAGGGUGGAGCUAAGCAGAGGAAGAAGUAG